CACCCAAUUCUAUUCCUUAGCUUUCUCUCUCUCACUCAAUUUCUCUUUCUCUCUCUAAGUUAUCCGCACAAAGAAUGGAAGAAGCUGCUGCUGCCGCCGUCCUUCGAGCUUCAAUUCAAAACCUGAUCGACUUUUGCAAGAAUGAGAUCUCUCAAAUCCAAGGUGUCGACGAAGAAGCAGCAAAGCUAGCUGGGACUCUCGAAAUCAUGCAGAAGUUCUUGAACCACGCGGAGUCGGGCACCAUCACCGGCGAAGAUGUCAAGAGCUGGCUGAAGAAGCUUGAAGACGUGGCGUUCGAUGCUGACAAUGUUUUGGAUGAAAUCAACUAUCAUAUUCUCUACAAACAAAUCAAGCCCAAGAAGGCAAAGGUACUAUCAUUCUUCAACCAUAUUCCACGUUCUCGAAAGAUGGCUCUUAAAAUUAAAAAAAUGCGUGAGAAUUUGGACUGCAUUAACAAAGAUGCAGCUGUUCUUGGCCUCAAAGAGAGGCUUGCUGCCGCUGUGCCCACUUUACUUGAUGCUGAUGCUUCGGAAACUGAUUCAUACGCUGUUGAUCCUAUUUUUAUUGGAAGAGAUGAUGUUGUGUCGGAAAUAGUUGAGAUGCUUACCAAUAGCAUCACAACUGAUGAACGCAGAGUUUCCAUCCUUCCCAUUGUCGGGAUGGGCGGAUUGGGGAAGUCCGCAUUGACUAGGAAAGUCUUCAAUCAUGAAAUGGUGAAGUCUCGGUUUGAAUCGCAUAUUUGGGUGCAUGUUUCUCCAAAUUUCGAACCAAUCACCCUUUUAAAGAAAAUUCUCAAUAACUUGACUUCUCAUCAAGUUGAAAAUGCGAGUAGACAAGUUGUUCUUACAAAGCUUGAAGAAGCUUUGAAAGAUAAAACGUAUCUUCUUGUUCUAGAUGAUGCAUGGAAUGAAGAUCUUUUCAAAUGGGACGAUUUUAUGAAUUCCUUCUUGGGAGUUGGUUGUGUCAAGGGAAAUGCCAUUGUUGUUACCACCAGAAGCAUGAAGGCUGCUUCGAUUGUGAAUCCACUUCAUGUACGUAAGUUGAAAGGGUUAUCGGCGGAGGAUUGUUGGUCGAUAAUCAAAGUUAAAACCUUUGGAGAAGGAAACGUUCCAUCAGAAUUUGAGACUAUUGGGAAAAAGAUUGCAACCAAAUGUCAAGGUUUGCCACUAGCUGCCAAUGUAGUUGGGGGAACACUGACCAAUCAAUCCGAGGAAAAAUGGCGUUCAAUCGAGGAGAAAUGGCUUUCGCCAUAUGAAGGAGGAGAUUAUAUGACAAAAAUAUUAAGAUUGAGCUUUGAUAAUUUGUCUCAGCCCUCACUUAAAAAGUGCUUUGCGUACUGUGCAAUGUUUCCUAAAGGCUCCAGAAUCAUAAAGCAGGAACUGAUUGAGUUGUGGAUGGCAGAAAGUUUUCUUCAAGCUGAUGGAAGGGAUGACAUGGAGUCUGUGGGCGAAAAAUUUAUCAACGUUCUUCUGCACAACUCUUUACUGCAAGUUUCAAAGAGAGAUGGCUACGGAGAUGUAAAAAGUUGCGGGAUGCACGAUCUUGUGCACGAUCUCGCUUCUUCUGUUUCAAGUUCCUCUAACAAUACUGGUGGUAGCAGCCGAGUUCGAUACAUGACUCUCGGAGACGACACCUCUGGAGAUAUAACAAAUCCUAUCCCAAAAGAAAUGGCAAAAUCUUUGCGUACAUUAUUCUUGGGAUGUGAUAUUUCUGGUAUCAACUUCUCAGACUUGGAAAGUCUGCAUGUUUUAUGUCUUAAUUACUAUGGAGUUAAAGAGUUGUCAAGUUCGAUUGGAAAGUUGAUACAUUUGAGACAUUUUGACAUUUCAUGGACAAGUAUUGAAUAUUUGCCGGAUAGGAUUGGUGAAUUCUUUCACUUGCAGACGUUGAGAGUACCUUAUGGAUAUAAGGGAAAACUGCCAAGUACGAUUAAGUACUUGAUUAACUUGAGGCAUCUUUAUAUUAAUGAGAAGGUAGAGUUGCCUGCGGGAAUCGGGAGAUUAACGUCUCUUCAAACGCUAACGCAUUUUCCAGUGGGCGAUGAGAAUGGGUGCAAAAUUGAAGAGCUGGGAAGUUUGAAUAAUCUUAAAGGAGAGUUGCAGAUUCACAAUCUCGAAAGGGUUCGUGACAAGGAAGAGGCUGGGAAAGCCAAUUUAUUCAAAAAGUCAAAAAUAUUGAAUUUGUGUUUGGAGUGGGAUUGUAAAAGAGAAGGUGAAUCAAAUGAUGAGAAUGUAUUGGAAGGCCUCCAACCUCACUCGGACUUGAAGAAGUUAGAGAUUCGUGGAUUUAAUGGCAGUAGAUUUCCAUUAUGGACUCAAAAGAUGGCAGUUGGAGAUGUGGUACUUAACAAGUUAAUGUCGUUAUCACUCUAUGAUUGCGGAGAAUGUGAAGAGAUCCCAAUGUUGGGGCACUUGCCCAAUCUCAAGUCCCUUCAGUUGGGACGAUUGAUAAAUUUGAAGUGUAUAAAUUCUUCAUUCUACGGAAUGGUGAACAAGGACACACGCAUUGUUUUUCCAGCUCUCGAGAGGUUGACAUUGUGGUUCAUGCCUAAGCUGACAGAGUGGGCAGAAGUAGAAGUUUCGGGUGGAAGUGAAGUGAAGCUAUUUCCUCGCCUCCAACAUUUGGAAAUUUGGUGGUGCGAGCAAUUGAUGAGUGUUCCAAGUCAUGUCUCGUCAUGCCUUCAACAUUUGAAAAUUGAUGGAAUUGGUGUGGAAUGUCUCCCAGCUGAUUGGUUAUUCAGUAACAACCAGACUCUCUCUGAAUUGUAUAUAAGGGAGUGCCCCAAUUUGAGAGAAUUAUGGCAUAGAGAUAGCGGUGGAGAACAAUCCCAACGAAGCUUCACAUCCCUUCGCCGUCUCAGGAUUGAGGAAUGCAAAGCAUUGGAGUAUUUGCCAUGUGAAAUGAUAGGAUUCUCUCUUGAGGAGAUAUCGCUGGAGGGUCAAAGUAGCCUAAAGAAUCUACCAAAGGUAUUUGACAGCCUCCCAAAAUCGUCUCGUCUGAAAAAUUUAUCAAUCGUUGGCUUUCCUAAAUUUAUGGCCAAUUUUUAUGUUGAGACUCCACAUUUUCCCAAUUUGAGAGACGUAAAAUUCGGUGUCAGUAUGAGCUCGAUGGAGGCUGUAGAUGGCAUAUUACAAGAAUACUGCCACUCACUAAAUAAGUUAACUCUGGUGGGGAUGGAAAGUUGUGAAUGCCUGCCGGAAUCAAUUCAACUUCUCACUGCUCUUUCUGAGUUAGAGUUAAAUAAUUUUGGAAUGGAAGAGUUACCUGAAUGGUUAGGGAACCUCUCAUCUCUACAGCAGUUGUCUUUAUGUUAUUGCAAAAGGCUAAGGCGUCUACCCUCUAUGGAUGCAAUGCAUCGCCUCACAACAUUAAAACUACUAUUUAUUUGGCGUUGCUCGGAAUUAGUGAUUAAAAGUGAGGCAGCUGAUUCUGAAUGGCCCAAGCUUUCCCAUAUCCCUGAAAUCUACAUUAAUGGCGACGAAUACAGAUACAUUGCCGGUGUCGAUACAGAAAGUGGUACGAAGAAACAGUUGUGUUUGGGGUGCCUCUAAAGAAUUAGGAUAUGAAGAAGGAAUGAGUGAGUAUCCAUUUUCUACAAGGAGGUCCUUUAGUGUGUUAUGGCAAAAAAAUUUACAAGUCUCCAGUGAGCUGGAACUUGGAUCUUGCCACGUCACGCCCGUUUCUUUCCCGUUUGUUGUUGGGUUGGCGUCGCAUUUAUGAUAUGGUUCGCUGCGCUGAAACUUGGGCCUCGUCUUUCUGUGAUUGUCAGCUGGAUUGGCGAGCUGACUUCCCAAGCUCUCAUGUCAAGGGCAUUGCUAAAUACGGGGUGAUGGUUAGUCCGAAGCUUUAUUUAUGGUCGUGUUCCUGGCAUGAUCUUGAUGAAGGGAUUUUCUAGGUGAUGGUUAGUUUGAAUCUCUAAAAAACACUCCCAUCUUUGUUUCUCAUUGGUUUUUUUCGGUUGUUCCGAUUUCUCUUAAGACAAAUACUCUUUUUUCGAUCUUAAUGUUUUUUUCAUUCGAUUUUCGUUAAGAUGAUUUUAAAGAGGGUUGGCCCUUCAAUUGUGUCUUGUGCAAUUUAUAUAAUAAAGCUCUAUUCCAUGUC